AUGGCCGGAAUCAAGCGCAAGCAGACCGAGGCGCCCGCCGCCAUCAAGGCCUCCGGCGACAAGAAGAUCAAAACCGCGAAAAAGGCCUCGGCCGCCAAGCCCGUGAAGGAGGCGAGGAAACCGUCCAAGAAGCACGCGAAGCCCGCCGAGCCCGAGUCGGAAGAGGAGGACCUCGUCGAGUCGGACACAACUGAAAGCGACAAUGGCUUCGCCGGCUUCUCCGCGAAGGAAGGCGACGGGGACGUGAGCAUGGCGAGCGGAAGCGACAGCGACGUGGAGAUGGAGGACUCGGGUGCUGCGAAGAAGGGAUCCAACGCAGCAAAAGCCGUGACGGAGAGCGGAUCGAACGGCAACUCGAGAGAAGCGCACCAGAAGCAGAAGCAGCUUGCGAAGGAACGCAAGAUGAACAAGCCGCUCGGCGACGAACUCCACCGGUCGAAGAAGAUCUGGGAGCGCUUGAGGCUGAAGUCGCACGUCCCGAAGGAUGAGCGCAAGAAGCUUGUCGCGGAGCUUUUUGACAUCAUCACUGGAAGGGUCAAGGAAUUCGUCUUCAAGCACGAUUCGACCCGUGUCAUUCAGUGCGCCCUGAAAUACUCGACACCGGAGCAACGCAAGAUGAUUGCGCACGAAUUGAAGGGCGAAUACAAGGCUCUUGCGGAGAGCAGAUAUGCAAAGUUCCUGGUUGGCAAGAUUCUUGUGGAUGGUGACACCGAAACCCGCGAGAUGAUCAUCUCUGAGUUCUACGGGUCAGUCAAGCGCCUGAUCAACCACCCUGAAGCAUCCUGGAUUGUGGACGAUAUCUACAGAGGCAUGGCAACGAAGGCGCAGAAAGCAAGAAUCUUGCGAGAGUGGUAUGGUGCCGAGUUUGCCGUCUUCAAGGCUGGCAAGAACGAGGACGUUACCGCGGAUCUUUCCGAGAUUCUCCAGGAGUCGCCGGAGAAGCGGAGACCCAUCAUGGAUUACUGCCGCAUCAUGAUCAACUCGCUCAUCCAGAAGAAGAUGACUGGCUUCACCAUGCUCCACGACGCCAUGCUGCAGUAUUUCCUUGCCACCAAGCCCGGCAGUGAGGAAGCAACGGACUUCCUCGAGCUUCUCAAGGGCGACGAGGAGGGCGAUUUGCUCAAAAACUUGGCCUUCACGAAGAACGGAGCUCGCGUUGUCUGCCUCGCUCUUGCUUAUGGAACCGCCAAGGACAGGAAGAACCUUCUGAGGAUGUAUAAAGAGAACAUUGAGAUCAUGGCCUUUGACGCACACGCUCAUCAGGUUCUCAUGACGGCUCUCGACGUCGUCGACGACACUGUUCUCACCACCAAGCUCAUCUUCCCGGAACUCCUGUCUACCAAUUCCAGCAUCGAGGUGCAACAGGAGAAACUGCUGAACCUCGCCAACGACAAGAUCGGCCGCAUCACCAUCCUGUAUCCCCUCUGCAGCCGCGCGAAGUGGCUCUUCCCGAGCCCCGAGGACCUGGCCCUCCUCGACGAGGUCCACUCCAUCCGCAGCACCACCUCCAAAAAGGACUCGGAAAUCAGGAGGAAAGAGGUCGUGAAGGCCUACUCGGCAACCAUGCUCAACGUCAUCGCCGCCGACCCGUCGGCGCUCGCCCAGUCGUCCUUCGGCUGCCAAUUCAUCACCGAGGCGCUCCUCGGCGCCAGCGCCGACGACAAGGCCGCGGCGGUCGAGGCCGUCGCCGCCCUCGCCGCCGGCGACCCCAACGCCGAGGACCACCUCGCGCAGACGCCCCACGCGGGCCGCAUGUUCAAGACGCUCGCCACCGGCGGCCACUUCGACCCCAAGACGAAGACGACGACCCUGGCCGACCCGCCGCUCGGCUUCGGCGACGCGCUCUACGACCAGACCAAGGACCAUCUGGUCGAGUGGGCGACGGGCGCGGGGUCGUUCGUCGUCGUCGCGCUGGUCGAGGCCGAGGGCUUUGGCAAGAAGGAGAAGGUGCUCAAGGCGCUGAAGAAGGAGAAGGCGAAGCUGGAGAAGGCGGCCAACGGUGACGACAAGAAGAAGGAGAAGAAGGAGGAGAAGAAGAAGAAGGGGGAAGAUAAAAAGGAUAAGAAGAAGGAGGCGUCGGCGAAGAAGCCGAGUGGCAACCCGGGAUCGAGGAUAUUGUUGGAGAAGUUGUAA